AUGGCCACUCAUCUAAAUUUAGAAGCAGUGAAGGAGCUCAUGGUUACACAGCUCAGAACCUUUUUUAAGCUUUGCUGUUGUAGAGCAAUAAACCGAGUGAAAUGGAAGGCAUGUUCAUUAGACGGUUAUAUUGGUGUUUUAUGUGCGUUAAUAAAUAGAAAUGAAACAAUAAACGUUAAAGUGAAACCGAAAGUAUGUCGGCAGCUAACAGUUAGCUUCCUGUGGACAGGAGGUGGAGGACGGUUAAGCCUUUGCAGUCUGGCCAACCAUCAACAGAAAGUGAUGGGAGUGAUAACAGGGUUGUUGUGCAUCAUUCUUCUGGAUGGAUUCCUGUGUUCAGCACGGUGGGCCGGGUUGCUGCUGCUCAAAUGUUCCAGCUGCGGAGGACUGGCAGGACUGUGGGCCUUCGGACUGAUAAAAUGGGCUUUUCUCCAUCUUUUCAUCGCAGUGCUGACAAGUGGAAAACACAGAGCAUUGCUUUAUAGGUUCGCAGCACUCCUCUGUCUUAUUUCUCCAGUGUUUGAAACUGGACGGAUCCUGACUGCACUUCCCUCGGAACGAUACACAGGACCUUUGCUCGAUCCCAGCAUGCUUUUGUUGGGUUCUACGUCUUCAUUGGUGGCCUGUUUAAUAUGGGAAAAAUGGAUUUCUCGUGAUGGACAGACAAAGAAAGACAAUCUGGACACCAAACGUUUGCUAAUGAGAGUGCUGAGAUACUUCAAACCAGAUAUGUUUUAUUUGAUAACAGCUUUUUCUUUCCUCAUCAUGGGAGUCAUAGGUGAUACUUACAUCCCUUUAUAUCAGGGAAAAGUCAUUGACAUGCUCAGUGAACGACAGCUGCAAAGUGACUUUGGUUACACAGUCGGACAUCUAGUGCUCAUCUAUUCUGGAAGCGCCCUGUUCUCUGGCAUGAGAGGAGGUCUUUUCAUGAUUUCUUUGGCCAGACUGAACAAGAGACUGAAACAUCUGCUCUUUCACAACCUCCUGAAGCAGGAGGUGCACUUCUUUGAGGAGAACAACCCAGGACGACUUUCCUCCCGCCUGCACAGUGAUGUGGACAGGAUGGGGCGAACCGUAGCGCUGAAUGCUAACGCAGUGGUUCGCAGUACGUUCAAAACUGUCCUCAUGCUCAGAGUGAUGUUGGGCCUGUCCUGGGAGCUGACUUUGCUCACCUGCAUAGAGAUGCCUCUCUUGGCCACAUUGCAGAAUAAAUACAUCAACUUGUCCAAGGAGCUAAAAGAUCAGACCCAGGAAUGCCACGCUCAGAGCAAAGACCUGGCUUCCCAGACGAUCGGCGGGAUCCGAACAGUCCGCAGCUUCAAUGCAGAGAAAGAGGAACUCAGGAGGUACCUUGUGGCCCUGGAAGAGCUGUGCUCCAUCAAGAGGCGAUCAGCAAUAUUCAGCGCAGUUUAUCUUGUCAUACGAAGGGUGGUGUCUCUGGGUAUAAAGAUAUUAAUGCUGAUCCAAGCCAGACGCCUCAUCUCUUCUGGUCAGCUCAGCAUCGGUAAUCUGGUGUCGUUUUUCCUGUACCAGAAGCCCAUGUCAGUCAAUCUAAGGGAGAUCAUGUAUUGCUAUGGUGAGACGAUGUCCACAGUAGGAGUCAUUUCCAAAGUGCUCAGUUACCUUGACAGGACACCAAAAACUAAAGAGGAAGGAAACCUGGCUCCUAAGGUGUUGGAGGGGAGAGUCGUUUUCCAAAACAUCAAUUUUAGUUAUCCAUCUGCUCCUUCAGAAAAAGCGGCUUUAAAGUCGGUGUCGUUGGAAAUCCGCCCAGGGAAGAUCACUGCGCUGGUUGGUCCAUCUGGCGGUGGAAAGAGUUCCUGCGUCAGCCUGCUGAAGAGGCUGUAUGAGCCUCAAGACGGUCAAAUCCUGCUGGACGGCAAGCCGCUGCACUGUUACCAAGGAAAAUACUUCCAUCAGAAGGUGGCAUUGGUUUCCCAGAAUCCUGUGCUGUUUUCUGGUUCCCUGAAGUAUAACAUAGAGUAUGGUUUGGAGAAACCUCCUCCAGAGGAGAAGGUGAAAGAGGUCGCCAGGAAGAUCGACGCUCACAAGUUCAUCUCUGAAAUGGAGAAUGGCUACGACACAGAUGUUGGAGAGUGUGGAGGUAAACUGUCCGAAGGCCAGAAGCAGAGCAUUGCCAUCAUCAGAGCGCUGCUUAGAGACCCCCAGGUCAUCAUCCUGGAUGAGGCUACAAGCAAACUGGAUGUUGAUGCAGAGAGGGCGGUUCUGGAUGAGGUUCUGAAUCGUGGACGGACCAUCCUGAUGGUGGCUCAUCAGCUCAGGAUUGUGGAAAAGGCAGAUCACAUCAUCUUCAUGGAGGACGGAUCAGUCAGGGAGGAGGGGACCCACCAGGAGCUCAUGAAGAAAAAAGGAGGCUACUUUCGUUUAAAGGAGGAGCUGUUUUCUGAAAGCAGAUGAAGAAAGUUGUUUAAAUAUGAAAAAAUAUGCAAGAAAGUGUGUCCCAGUUUUCUA